AUGGAAGUAAUUGAUGGUAAAAUAGCUUUGAGGCCGACUAUUAAAUGUCCUCUGGUAAUAAAUCCAGACAAGGAUGCGGAAAGAAUUAACAGAUCAAUAAAAUUAAUUGGUCCUGAUGAAGAUGUUAUCAAUGAGAUACUUGGUCAUAGAAACUUUCAACAACGUAUGGCAAUUGCGGAAGCUUAUAGGCGAUUAUACAACAAAGAAAUAACGGAUCAUUUAGGUUCUGUCCUACUUGGUAGUUAUGACAGUCUUGUGAAAACAUUGUUCAGAAGUCCUUUGGGAAUCUUAGCAAAUGAUCUAUAUAAAGGCAUAAAGCCACUGGGUUGCAAUUAUCAAAUAAUAACUGAUAUAAUCUGUUGUUGCAACAACACUGAAAUAUAUCUACUGAAAAGAGAAUAUGAAAAAAUAUUAAUGAUAGAAGAUCCAAAAGGUUACCGACAGCGUUCUUUGGAAAUAGAUGUUAUAAAAGAGUCGAAGGGUGCUUACAGAUUACUUAUGCAACAAUUACUAAAGGGUGAACGCUGUGAAGACAAUAUAGACAAAACAAAUACAAAUGAGAAUUGUACACUUCAAGUUGAUCAUAAACUUGUUGAAGAUGAUGUUCUCGAACUAUAUGAAGCAAGUGAAGGACAAAUUGGUAAAGGUGAUCCUUCAAUCUUUAUAUCAAUACUAUCAAAACGUAGUAAAAACCAUAUACGAGCAAUAUAUAAAUCAUACUAUAAGAAAUAUGGUAUUCUGCUAGUCGAUUCGAUAUCAAGAAAGUUUACAAAUCCACUGCGUACCGCCUUCAAUACAAUCAUUAUGGCACUGAUUGAUCUACGUUUACUGCUGAUCUGCCAACUUUACUGCAGUAUAGAAGGUUUAGGAUUGAAUGAAGAUUCAGUUAUCCGAAUCAUUUGUCUUCGAUGUGAGAUUGACUUACAAGAUAUUAAAGAAUUGUAUGAAAAAUACUUUUACAAACCAUUAGCAAAAUCUAUUGGAUCUGAAACACAAGCCGGAUUUAAAAAGUUACUUUUAAUCCUGUUAAAUGAUGGAUAAAACAAGAGGAAGAUGAAAAUGAAGAGAAGAGAAGUACAGGGAAAAUGAAACGAACGAUGUUGUUUCUUUAAUUUGUUUAUUGUUUAUAAAAGAGAAUAUAUU